CUAGGUUUUCCCUCCCUUCUCUAUUUCGUCGGCUUCUUUCCUUCGCAUGAGUGUUGAGUUUUGCACGAGAUCUUCUUCGUCGCUGUUCGACUUCGCUCCUUCGACGACGUUCCCUUCCUGUUGGAUCGGAAGUUACGACAUUUUUUUUAUCAGAAGCAACAAGGGGAGCUCGCUUGCUGUGGAGCUCAAAUCCUCUUCAAAUCCGGCCUAAAUCAUGCAUCCAAACAGCCCCUUAAAUUGAAUCUUACUUCAAGCCUGAGAGAGAGAUAUGAGGCUAAAGAAGCAGAAGAGGCAUCGUAAAGUUGUUAGAUUCUACUCGGCAUGCUUUGGAUUUAGGGAGCCGUACAAGGUCCUCUGCGACGGCACCUUCAUCCACCACAUUCUCCUCCACGGUCUGACCCCAGCUGACAAAUCCCUAUCCAAUCUCCUUGGAGCCCGCGUCCUCCUCUUCACCUCCAGAUGUGUAAUCGGGGAGCUCACAAGCCUUGGUGAAUCCCAUGCAGUGGCUCUCGAAGCUGCACACCAGAUCAUGACGGCAAUGUGUGAUCAUGAGAAAAGGGUGGAUGCAGAAACCUGCAUACAAUCCAUAAUUGGAGAGUCCAAUUCUGAGCAUUUCUUUCUUGCCACACAGGAUUCAGAAAUUCGGAAGAAGUUCAGGGAGGUACCCGGUGUCCCUGUAAUCUAUGGUUUGAGAAACUCUCUUUUUCUUGAGCAACCUUCUUUGAAUCAAAAAGAAUUUGUCAAAUCGACUGAAGAAAAACGGCUGCAUAUGGAUGAAUCAGAAUAUCAAAAAAUAUGGAAGAGGGGACUAAAAGAAAAAUUGACAUCAGCUGGAGCAGUUUCUACUUCCAUGGAAGAGUUCGCAAAAACAAAUAGGAGCAAUUCGAUGAUAACACUUGGUGCGGUUGAUAAAGUUAGAUUAAAAAAGAGAAGGGCAAAGGGCCCGAACCCACUUUCAUGCAAGAAGAAGAAACAAAAUGAGGGCGCUUCAGUGACAAAGAAUCAGAACGGAUUGGCCGCUGGGACUCUUAACAAGCGAAAGAGGAACCGAAAAAGGAAGAGAGAGGAUAAGGAGAGCAAAUCUGAGCAGCCCAAAAGCUAGGUUUCACCAUUAUGAAUCUAUGGUCUGAUCA